ACGUUUAUGUCGUGUUCGUCUCGCCCCAACCAUCCAUCCGAGAACGACAAUUAGUUAUUUUAUUUAUUUAUUUAUUUUUAUAUUAUAUAUAUAUAUAUAUAAAAUUUAAAAUCCAUUGGAACAAAAAAAAAAAAAAAAAACAAAGCGAGGAGUUCUAAGUUGUAAGAAACUCCUUCUCUCUCACUCUCCACCACCACCACCAGUUUUUUUUCCCUUCCUCCCUCCAGAGACUUCUCUUUCCCUCUCAAUCGCUUUUCUUUUUGAAGCCUAUUGAAGCUGGCUCAGUGGUAGAAUAGCUGCUUUCAAGGACUGUGAAGGAAAAGCUUUGCUGGUGUGGUAAUGGCUACCGGAGCCGUUCCAGCUUCUUUUACGGGUCUGAAGAGCAGGGACUCAAGCUUAGGCUUUGCUAAAAGCUUCGAUUUUGUUAAAGUCUCUGAUCUGAAGAGGGUUAAUUAUGGUAGGAAAAGAAUCUCGGUGAUUCGGAAUUCAAAUCCCGGCUCCGAUAUUGCCGAACUUCAGCCCGCUUCCGAGGGCAGCCCUUUGUUAGUUCCUAGGCAGAAGUAUUGCGAAUCGGUACACAAAACUGUUAGAAGGAAGACACGGACUGUGUUGGUUGGAAAUGUGGCUAUUGGCAGUGAGCAUCCGAUAAGGAUUCAGACAAUGACUACAAGUGACACGAAGGAUGUUGCAGCAACAGUUGAAGAGGUAAUGAGAAUAGCCGACAAGGGAGCAGAAAUUGUUCGAAUAACAGUUCAAGGGAAGAAAGAAGCAGAUGCUUGUUUUGAUAUUAAGAAUACUCUUGUACAGAAAAAUUAUAACAUACCUCUCGUGGCAGAUAUUCAUUUUGCUCCUUCUGUUGCAUUAAGAGUAGCUGAGUGCUUUGACAAAAUUCGUGUCAACCCUGGAAAUUUUGCUGACAGACGGGCUCAGUUUGAGAAGCUAGAAUACACUGACGAUGAUUAUCAAAAAGAACUUGAGCAUAUUGAGAAGGUUUUUACCCCAUUGGUUGAAAAAUGUAAAAAAUAUGGAAGAGCAAUGCGUAUUGGGACGAACCAUGGCAGCCUUUCUGAUCGUAUAAUGAGCUACUAUGGUGAUUCUCCAAGGGGAAUGGUUGAAUCUGCAUUUGAAUUCGCAAGGAUUUGUAGGAAAUUGGACUACCAUAAUUUUGUUUUCUCAAUGAAAGCAAGCAAUCCAGUUGUCAUGGUACAGGCUUAUCGUCUUCUUGUUGCUGAAAUGUAUGUUCAAGGCUGGGAUUACCCAUUACACUUGGGAGUUACUGAAGCUGGAGAAGGUGAGGAUGGGCGGAUGAAAUCUGCAAUUGGCAUUGGGACCCUUCUUCAGGAUGGAUUGGGAGAUACUAUCAGGGUUUCACUUACUGAACCACCAGAGGAGGAGAUAGAUCCCUGCAGAAGGUUGGCUAACCUGGGCAUGAAAGCAGCUGAUCUUCAGCAAGGGGUGGCUCCAUUUGAAGAGAAGCACAGGCAUUAUUUUGAUUUUCAGCGCCGAUCUGGUCAAUUGCCAAUUCAAAAGGAGGGUGAGGAGGUGGAUUAUAGAGGUGUACUGCAUCGUGAUGGCUCUGUUCUCAUGUCAGUAUCCCUAGAUCAGUUAAAGAUGCCAGAACUCCUGUACAAGUCACUAGCAGCAAAACUUGUUGUUGGCAUGCCAUUUAAGGAUCUGGCAACAGUGGACUCAAUCUUAUUGAGAGAACUUCCUCGAGUUGAUGAUGUUGAUGCUCGGUUAGCUCUCAAAAGGUUAAUAGACAUAAGUUUGGGAGUGAUAACUCCCUUGUCAGAGCAAUUAACUAAGCCCCUGCCCAAUGCCAUGGUUCUAGUAAAUCUUAAGGAAUUAUCAACUGGUGCAUACAAGCUUUUGCCAGAAGGAACACGCUUGGUUGUCUCUUUACGUGGUGAUGAACCUUAUGAGGAGCUGGAAAUUCUCAAAAGCGUUGAUGCUACAAUGAUUCUUCAUGAUCUACCCUUCGAUGAAGCUAAGAUCAGCAGAGUGCAUGCUGCAAGGAGGCUUUUUGAGUAUCUGCAAGACAAUGCCCUGAGCUUCCCUGUAAUACACCAUAUUCAGUUUCCUAAUGGAAUUCAUAGUGAUGAUUUGGUUAUCGGUGCGGGUACAAAUGCGGGGGCACUUUUAGUAGAUGGACUUGGAGAUGGUAUUUUACUAGAGGCCCCAGAUAAGGAUUUUGAUUUUCUUAGAAAUACAUCCUUCAACUUACUACAAGGUUGCAGAAUGCGGAAUACAAAGACGGAGUAUGUUUCAUGCCCAUCUUGUGGCAGAACUUUGUUUGACCUUCAAGAAAUAAGUGCACAAAUACGAGAAAAGACAUCACACCUGCCUGGCGUUUCAAUUGCUAUCAUGGGUUGCAUUGUAAAUGGACCUGGAGAGAUGGCUGAUGCAGACUUUGGGUAUGUUGGUGGUGCUCCUGGAAAGAUUGACCUUUAUGUUGGGAAGACUGUGGUGAAGCGCGGAAUUGCAAUGGAACAUGCAACUGAAGCAUUGAUCGAGCUGAUAAAAGAGAACGGUCGAUGGGUUGACCCUCCUGCAGAAGAAGAGCAAGAGUAGCCGGUAGAAAGAAGGGGUUGAGUGGGGAUCAUUAUCGACAUUCUGUUGUACAUUUUUGAGGUACAUGUUUGAGCCCUCGUCAAAAAGCAUUACAAGUAUAGCAACAAAAUAUCUAAAGCUGAACGCACUAUGCAUGUAUAAUUUUAUAUGCAAAGCAGCAGCUUAAUAUGGAAAUCUCAUGUAGUGUACGGUUAAACAUUGUAGUAAUGCUCCAAUGUGAUGCUAAAUCACGAGUUACUGAUGAAAAUGCAAAGCGGAGAUACAGUAGCUAGAAAAUUUCUCUGUAGUUUAUAGUUUUGUGGCUUUGCUAAAGUGGUGGCAUUGUUAAUCUUAUCAAUAAGCAUAUUAUCUAAAUAAAAAUGUAGAGAUGAUUGAAUC